AUAUUUCAGACAGUAUAUUUCCGACGGUGGAUUUCUGACUGCUCUGUGUUUACCUGUAGGAGGAUCAGAGAAGGAUCUCCUUAUGGUCACCUUCCUAACUGGAGGCUGCUGUCUGUUAUCGUUAAAUGUGGAGACGACCUGAGACAGGAGCUGCUCGCCUUCCAGGUGCUGCAGCAGCUCAAGUCUAUCUGGGAGCAGGAGCGCGUCCCCCUCUGGAUAAAGCCCUAUAAGAUCCUUGUGCUGUCAUCGGACAGCGGGAUGAUUGAGCCCGUGAUGAACGCCGUGUCCCUCCAUCAGGUGAAGAAGCAGAGCCAGCUGUCUCUGCUGGACUACUUCCUGCAGGAGCACGGUGCUCCGACCACCGAGGCCUUCCUGUCUGCUCAGCGGAACUUCGUCCAGAGCUGCGCCGGGUACAGCCUCAUCUGUUACCUGCUGCAGGUCAAAGACAGGCACAACGGGAACAUCCUAUUGGAUGCUGAGGGUCACAUCAUCCACAUUGACUUCGGCUUCAUCCUGUCCAGUUCUCCCAAGAACCUCGGCUUCGAAACAUCGGCCUUCAAACUUACCACAGAGUUUGUUGAUGUGAGUUCAUCUGAAGGUUCUCGUGUUCCUAUAGGAAGUUCUAGUGGCAACUGAAGAGGUUCUAGUG